AUGAGCCCAUCUCUCAACAAUAUUGUGUCUUCUCUGCAGAGAAGUGGAACAUUGAUCAAUUCUUUGAUUGUGGCUUUGACCAUCAGCGGGCAACACCUCUGCUCCUCUUCCACAUUCACAUGUCCUUGUCAGGUAGGGAAAAAUUUCUAUUAUGGUUCUGCUUUUCUUGUAUUUCCUGCCUUGAUCCUUCUGGUUGCUGGAUAUGCUCUGAGAAGCCAAAUGUGGAGCCUAACCACUGAAUACUGCUGCUGCAGUUGUGGCCCUCCUUUCCGAAGAGUCAGCCCUCUGGAACAAAGGCUGGCUUGCCUUCAGUUCUUCAGCAUCACUGGGAGGGCACUUGUGGCUCCAUUAACAUGGCUGGCGGUGACCUUGCUACGAGGGACCUAUUAUGAAUGUGCAGCAAGUGAGUUUGCCUCUGUCGACCAUUACCCAGAGUUCGAUAAUGUCACUGCCAGCAAAAGAGAGGAGAUAUUAGCUGGAUUUCCAUGCUACAGGCCAGCUCCUUCUGAUGAGAGCCUAGCAAGAGAUGAAAUAGCUCUUCUGCACAGAUUCCAGUCACAGAUGCUGGGCUGGAUUUUGAUCACCUUGGCAACCAUCGCAUAUCUAGUCUCCCGCUGCAUUGCGAGAUGCUGCUCUCCCCUUACCUCUCUACAGCAUCACUACUGGACCAACCACCUUCAAAACGAGAGGGAGCUCUUUGAACAAGCCGCAGAAGAGCACUCCUUGCUCGUCGUCAGAGAGCGCAUAAAAAAACUGUUUGGCUUCAUUCCUGGGAGUGGUGAUGUCGAACACCUCCGUAUUCCUUCCUGUCAGGACUGGAGAGAUAUAGAAGUACCCAGUCUUCUGUGCAUGGGCGAUAACUCGCAAGGCCACCACUACAGUUUCCUGGGAGACAGGGUGGUUGAGGAUAAUGAGGAAGACAAACCAGAAGGAAUUGAAUUAAAACCUUGA